AACAGUGAAAAAUCUCACGGUUUUGACUGAAUUUAUCCUCGUGGAACUUUCUACCAAAGGAGACGCAUGCAUCACACGCUCAGUGGUCUUCUCCUUGAUCUGCCUGCGCCCUGAUGGGGACCGUCCUCGUCACCAUGAUCCCAGCUCCGGACCGUCGGCUCCGCACCCCCAUGUACUUCCUCCUGAAGAAUUUGUCCUUCGUGGAUCUCUGCCUAAUUUCAGCCACGGCGCCCAAGUCCAUUGCCAACUCUUUAACUCACAGUAAUUCCAUCUCAGUCCUUGAAUGUGUUUCCCAGGUCUUUCUAGUUGCUUUCUCAGGAACCACAGAGCUGCACCUGCUCACAGUGACGUGCUUUGACCGCUAUGCUGCCAUAUGCCGCCCCCUGCACUAUGAGAAUAUGUGUGUUCAGUUGGCAGCUGUGUCCUGGCUGGGUGGGAGUCUGAUCGCCGUGAUGCACACAGUCGGCACCUUCUCCUUAUCCUACUGUGGGUCUAACGUGGUCCAUCAUUUUUUUUGUGACAUCCCACAGUUAUUGGCUAUUUCUUGCUCAGAAAAUUUAAUAGGUGAGAUUGUACCUAUCCUUGUUAGUGUGGUAUUGGAUAUCUGCUGUUGCAUUUUCAUAAUCAUUUCCUAUGUCUGUAUAUUCUCCACUGUCAAGAAGAUUCCAUCAGCAGAAGGACAGUCAAAAGCCUACUCCACAUGCCUUCCACACCUGGUGGUGGUUGUAUUGUUUCUCUACACCGGCAUCUUUUCUUAUCUGAAGCCAACUUCACAGAAUCUUUCUAUUUCCAACCUUUUAAUUUCUGUGUUCUACAUUAUGGUGCCCCCAACCUUUAAUCCCAUCAUAUAUAGUCUAAGAAAUAAUGCCAUGAAAAUGUCUCUGGGGAUGUUAUUAAAGGGAGUAUUUACCAAAAAUUAAAAGCCAUUCUUUCUUUUAUUCCUAAAAUAAUUACCAUCUAUAGUUAUGCAGCCUUUAAUUUACAAAUUAUUUUGUUAUAAAUUUUGAAGACUUUAUUUUUAGAGAAUUUUUAGGUUUACAACAAAAUUGGAAGUACAUAGAUUUUCCUCAUAACCUGUGCACCCCAAAUGCAAAGCCUCACCCCAUAGCAAUAUAACUAAACAGACCACACGUUUCUUUUAACCAAGGAUGUAAUACUCACAUCUCGUAAUUGCCAAAAAUCCACAGUUUACAUUAGGGCUUCUUUCAUGCUGUUUUACAGUCUAUGGGUUCAGAUAAAUGUUUACUAGCCUGGGUGUCACUGUGAUAUCGCUCAGAACAUUUUCACUGACCCCAAUAUCCCUUGUACUCUGCCUGCUUUUCUUCUUGAUCUUCCAUUAGUCCCUGGCAACCCCUGAUCAUUUUGUUGUCUUCACAGUUUUGGAUUUUCCAGAAUGUCAUAUAGUUGGCAUCAUCCAAUGUACAUUUUCAUGUUGGCUUCCUUAAUUAGUAAUUUGCAUUAAAUUUCUUCCAUGUCUUUUUAUGGCUAGAUAGCUCAUUUCCAUUUAUCACUGAAUAUCCUGUUAUCUGUAUUUAUACAAUUAUUUCACCUACAGAAGGACACCUUGGUUCCUUCAACAUUUUGGAAUAAGUUAAAAAUAAAACAUGUACAUAAGUUUUCAGCU